AUGAUCAUAGAGAUCCUAGGCCCCAAUGGAUCUGAUAGGGCCAAUGCUCUCGCCGAAAAACUACGGAAUGUUCUGCAAGAUCAGGCAAAGGUAGCCAGACCCAUAGUAAAGGGUGAAAUUCGACUAGUCGGAUUGGACGACUCUAUCUCAGAAAACGAGGUCGCUUGCGUCGUAACCCAAUACGGUGGAUGCAAAGAGGAGGAAAUCAAGGUAGGAACAAUCCGCCCCAUGAACAACGGUUUAUUUACUGUCUGGGCGCAAUGCCCGUUAAGUGCGGCAAUCAAGACAGCUAACAGUAAGAAAGUUAGAAUAGGAUGGACAAUAGCUAGGGUGGACCUGCUGGAUGCCAGGCCAGUCCAAUGCUUUAAGUGUUGGAGGUUUGGUCAUGUUAGACUCACAUGCACAGCUGAGGAGGACUACAGCAGAUUGUGCUUUAAGUGCGGUGGGCCGGGUCAUGCGGCCAGAGACUGCAACCUCCCGUCAUCUUGCAAGAUCUGCCUAUCGGAGGGUAAAAACCCUAAUCAUAGAAUAGGAUCAAAUCUCUGCACUGCGGAACAUAGAACUGUCAAGAGUAGGGCAAGUUUUAGAACGGCCGGUCUAAACAGAUUCGGAAGAACCGGCGAGGCACCAAAUCCCUCUCAAGGGGCGACGCAAAUGGACGUAGAUGCGCAUUGA